CGUAUCCAAUUUUUUUUCUGAUUCGCAGUUGGUUGUGCUGUACGUACGUUCCUUUGACUUGCCUCUCGUUAGUAAUUUUCAUCCUUUUCCCUUUCUGCGAUCACCUGCCCCCUCAAAAUAAAAAUAUCCCAAACUCCUUUUCGGGAAAAUCUUCUUACCUUCUUUCCUCAGUUUAUACACGCUUUUUUUUCCCUUCUUCUUCUUGUCGCUUCGUGGUCCGCGAUUGAGUCUUGCACAGUGAUACUACUGUCUUCACUCAAUCCCGCACCUGUUUGAAUAGUACGCGGGCUUCUUUGAUAGCCCUGGCGGCGUCUUCCACGUUCCUGCUGUGCCCGCGCCCCUCAGCCAGCUGUCCCUGAAAUUCUUCGACAUUUCAGGUGCUGUCUACACUUCACUUCCUACGACGUCGUCUUUCGAUCCGUGCAACCUCUCGCGGUUCGGUUCAUGUUUGUUGUCACGUUGACCGAGUAGUAUACAAUUGUUCUGUUUGACGUUCCUCCGGUCCGGGGAUCUUAUUACCUCCUUGUUUUUCUGAUACCCCUUUCCGUUUUUCCUUGCGCUCGGUGUCCGCCCCCUCUUUACUUUUUCGCGAGUGCAGUUCGCGCGUUAGUAUCGGUUUGUAACCAUGGCCUACCAACCGCCUGGUAAUAAUAAUGGUGCUCAGUCACCAAGCUACAACGACAGCGGUCAUCGACUGGAAGACCUGCCCCAAGGCGCCACUUAUGAAGAAGAAGCGUCCAGAGGACUGCUUUCCAACCAACAGGGCGGUCCUUUCGGUGGUCCUUUCGACGACCCUCAUCAGCGUGGCACCUCGCCCGUUCGACCCACGUCGGGAUACAGCUUGACGGAAACAUAUGCUCCGGACGCGGGCUUUCAUGACCCUUACAGCACGACGGGUUCGGUUUACUCUGGCCAAUCGGCAGAAAACCCCGCGGCUGCCUUUGGCGUCCCCGGUCGUGUAGCUUCUCCCUACGCUCGGAGUGAAACCUCCUCCACGGAAGCAUGGCGCCAGCGCCAGGCUCCAGGAGGUGCCGGCGGCGGUGGUCUCAGACGUUACGCGACCAGAAAGGUCAAGCUGGUGCAGGGUUCCGUCCUCAGUGUCGACUACCCCGUUCCCAGUGCCAUCCAGAACGCUAUCCAAGCCAAGUAUCGGAAUGACCUGGAGGGUGGCAGCGAGGAGUUUACCCACAUGCGAUACACCGCUGCGACAUGUGAUCCCAAUGACUUUACUUUGCACAAUGGUUACAAUCUGCGUCCCGCCAUGUAUAACAGACAUACCGAGUUGUUGAUUGCGGUUACCUACUAUAACGAAGAUAAGACUCUCACCUCUCGUACCUUGCAUGGUGUGAUGCAGAAUAUUCGCGACAUUGUGAACCUCAAGAAGUCUGAGUUCUGGAACAAGGGUGGACCGGCCUGGCAGAAGAUUGUGGUCGCCUUGGUCUUUGACGGUAUCGAUCCUUGUGAUAAGGACACGUUGGAUGUCCUCGCCACCAUCGGUAUCUAUCAGGACGGUGUCAUGAAGCGUGACGUCGACGGCAAGGAGACCGUAGCUCAUAUUUUCGAAUACACGACCCAAUUGUCUGUGACACCGAACCAGCAACUUAUCCGGCCCACUGAUGAUGGCCCCACCACCUUGCCCCCCGUGCAGAUGAUGUUCUGUUUGAAGCAGAAGAACAGCAAGAAGAUUAACUCGCACAGAUGGCUUUUCAACGCCUUUGGUCGUAUUUUGAAUCCGGAAGUUUGUAUCCUUCUGGAUGCCGGUACCAAGCCCGGCCAGAAGUCCCUCUUGGCGCUGUGGGAGGGCUUCUAUAACGACAAGGAUCUGGGAGGUGCUUGUGGUGAAAUUCACGCAAUGUUGGGUAAAGGCUGGAAAAACUUGAUUAACCCCCUGGUCGCGGCACAGAACUUCGAGUACAAGAUCAGUAAUAUUCUCGACAAACCCCUGGAGAGUUCAUUCGGUUAUGUCAGUGUGUUGCCUGGUGCUUUCUCUGCCUAUCGUUUCCGUGCUAUCAUGGGCCGGCCCCUCGAGCAAUAUUUCCAUGGUGAUCACACACUUUCGAAGCAACUGGGUAAGAAGGGUAUUGAGGGUAUGAACAUCUUCAAGAAGAACAUGUUCUUGGCCGAAGAUCGUAUUCUCUGUUUCGAAUUGGUCGCCAAGGCUGGCUCCAAAUGGCACUUGUCGUAUGUCAAGGCCUCCAAGGGUGAAACUGAUGUCCCAGAAGGUGUUGCUGAAUUCAUUUCUCAACGUCGUCGUUGGUUGAACGGUUCUUUCGCCGCCGGUCUCUAUUCGCUCAUGCAUUUCGGUCGGAUGUACAAGAGUGGACACAACAUCAUCCGUAUGUUCUUCUUGCACAUUCAGAUGUUGUACAACGUUUUCAACACUAUCCUUACAUGGUUCUCUCUGGCAUCAUACUGGUUGACCACCACCGUCAUCAUGGACUUGGUCGGAACGCCCAGUGAAAGCAACGGUAACAAGGGUUUCCCCUUCGGUAAAGAUGCGACCCCAAUUAUCAACACGAUUGUGAAAUAUAUCUACCUCGGCUUCUUGCUCUUGCAGUUCAUUCUCGCUCUCGGUAACCGUCCCAAGGGAUCUCGCUUCUCGUACUUGACGUCCUUUGUUGUAUUCGGUAUCAUUCAGAUCUACGUUGUCGUCGACGCUCUGUACUUGGUCGUUCGUGCGUUCAGUGGCAGUGAUGCGAUCGAUUUCGUUACCGAUAAGGGUGUCGGCGAGUUCCUUAAGUCAUUCUUCUCGUCUUCCGGUGCCGGUAUCAUCAUCAUCGCCUUGGCUGCUACUUUCGGUCUCUACUUUGUCGCUUCCUUCAUGUACCUGGACCCUUGGCACAUGUUCACCUCGUUCCCCGCCUAUAUGUUCGUUCAGUCGUCCUACAUCAACGUCCUUAACGUGUACGCGUUCAGCAACUGGCACGAUGUCUCGUGGGGUACCAAGGGUGCUGAUAAAGCCGAUGCACUCCCGUCUGCAACGACCACGAAGGAGGAUGGUGGCAAGGAAGCUGUCAUUGAGGAAAUCGAUAAGCCCCAGGCUGAUAUUGACAGUCAAUUUGAAGCCACGGUCAAGCGCGCUCUUACCCCCUACGUGCCCCCUGUGGAGAAGGAUGAGAAGUCCUUGGAUGAUUCCUACAAGAGUUUCCGUACCCGUCUCGUGACGUUGUGGAUCUUCAGUAAUGCCUUUUUGGCGGUGUGCAUUACCAGUGACGGUAUGGACAAGUUUGGAUUCACGAACACCGCUACCGACCGUACAUCGCGUUUCUUCCAGGCUCUUCUGUGGUCGAACGCUGCUGUUGCACUUGUCCGUUUCAUUGGUGCCUGUUGGUUCCUGGGUAAGACGGGUCUCUUGUGCUGCUUUGCUCGUCGGUAAAGAAGAGGCACGAUUUGUAAUGAAAAACUGGGUGUCUUGUUCCCUAUGUGGAUUACAGGGCCUGGGGGAGUUAUUCUUUGGCACAUUUUUGUCGCAAUUUUGUAUUCUACAUACGAUCCGUUCUUUGUGUUUCGAUUACUCGAACUGUUUUCGUUUCGCUGUCAUGGUUUGGUUUAAGCGGUCCAAAUGGCCGCCGACACUUAUGUUUUCUAUAAAGUCUUAGCGGUUAGAAUCAAAUAGGGUGCAUUGAUGGCGCAACUUAACAA